AUGCACAUGCGUCGUACCUUGAACAAGUUUGGUCCGACGGAAUCGUUGACUUCACGAUCUAUCCAUCUUGCAAGGAAGGAUGCGUUGAGGAAGUUUUAUGAGUGUGGGUUUUCGUAUUCCAGGAAACUAACAGCCCACAAAUCAUGCGUCAACUACCUCGCCUUCUCAAGGCACGAUGGCAGAUGGCUCGCAAGCGCUGGAGACGAUUGUCGCGUGUUGCUUUGGGAUUUCAGUCAGGAGGAUGUGGUAUGUCCAGGGCAUGCUUUUGCCGGGCCUAUGGGAAAUGUACUGGCGCUUGAUUUCUCUGCUACGAAUCAGUAUUUGUAUAGUGGAGGAGCAGAUGAUGUUAUUUUGAAGUACGAUGUUUCGACGUUGCGGGAGGUUGGUAGUACUAGUAUUGGUGAGAGGGGUUGGUCGUCUUCCGUUGAACGGUACGGAGAUCACGAUACUCGGAAUGACGUCAAGGAGCAUAGGAUAGCGUCCGAGCGCUUACAUGCCAUCCAUACGAAGACGAGAUAUUUAUCAGCGCUAGGCACGUUUUAUUCCAACUCGCCCGUAUCCGAGUCUAAAUCGGCAUCUCACAGCGAAGACGGAAAACUCGUAUUGCAUGACAGCCGUGCUGGAGGCAGAAUGAGCGCGGCGCAGGGGACGCUUCAACAUACGGCUGCAUUCACAGGCGUGCAACAUCACCCUGUUAUGGAGCAUGUUUUUGCGACGUGCGACGUGCAUGGGCAUGUUUGUCUCCGGGAUACGAGGAUGACGUUUGGGCCGUUGUCGAGACGGUCGAAUGAUGGGAUCGUGAGAGUGUAUAACACGAAGUUGUCGAGAAAGUCGGCGGGUUAUCUUAGUAAUCCAGAGAGCAGCAGUUUGACUUUUGAUCGCGAUGGAAGCAAAUUAGCCGUGACGUUCCUUCACUAUUUCCCAACGAUAUAUGACAUGUCAGAUCCACAUCCCCUGGCUAUAUGCACAGGUCGUAACACUCCCGAUGGAACCCCUAUCUCUCCACCCCAACGAUCAUACACCAAUUCAUGUACGAUGAAAUCAGGCGCUUUCGGUGGUCCUGGCAUGGAUGAAGACAAUAUGUACGGUGCUGGGUCUGAUGAUUUCAGGGCUUAUGUAUGGAGGAUUCCUCCUUUGAUGACUUUGCAAGGGCUUAGACAGGAGAUCACCCCUCAUGACUGGUAUGCCCGCGAGUGGCCGGAUACUGUAGCGUUUGCGGAAGGCAAGUGGGAGAGCAGAUACGUGCCUUAUGAAAUAUCGAUGCCAUUAGCGAGACUGAAUGGGCAUAAAUCAAUCGUAAAUUCUGUCGCGAUUCAUCCGUCCUUGCUACAUAUCGCGACUUCGGGCGUCGAACGACAAAUCAUACUUCAUAGCCCUACGCCUUCGUCGCCUGCUGUUCAAAAUCUCCUUCCUACUCCACCGGCUGUGAGGAUGCUUCAACCACAAGAUCUAGCAGCGCAAAGAAUGUUUCUACGAGCACUUUUUGGGCCACAUCCGACACUGCAUGAAGAUGUUGAGGAUGAUGAAGGGGAGAAUGAGACGAUCUCACUUUUUGAUCAUAUUUUGAGAGCAGAGGGUGAAGCAGAUGUGUUUACAAUAAGACGUUGGGGAGAAGAUUCAGCAGAAGAUUCAGAAGAUGAAGAUGAGACGAUAAUCGAUGACUUUGAUACCUCUCUUUCUGAUAGCUCCCUAUAA